AUGCCGAAGUGUGCAUGCUCAAUCCUUUUCAUCUCAUUGCUUUUCCAAAUCGUCCUUUGUGUGUUGGCCCAAAAGAGCAAGUGUGCCAAUGUAAUUCCUGCGUCAUUCAUAUGGAAGGACGAAGAGCUUAACAAGGACUGCUCUGCGAGAGAAUUAGAAAAUUCAAGCUUGAGGAUCACCCACAUUCAAGGAAAAUGUUCCCCAUUAAUCCGGCUCCUCAAUACAACAUGGUGGAAUGCGAUAAUGGAGUCCAUCAAGGGCGACGAACUUCGCUACCGAGCAAUAAUGAAAAGAAGCAAAACCCCUAUUAGUCCACAAGAAGACGUUGAUGUACCGUUAACGCCCCCCGGGAAGGAUGGUGGAAAUUACAUUGUGAAGCUGGGUUUUGGCAAGCCUAUUCAAAACUUCUACUUGGAAGUGGACACCGGGAGUGACGUCACCUGGAUACCCUGUGUUUCCUGCUCUUCUUGCUUAACUCACCGUUUCCGCCCAUCAAAAUCUUCAACCUACAAAUACCUCACCUGCGCUUCAAAGCUUUGUCAAGAUCUGGGUCUCUGUGGAAAUGAUAAAAGUAUUAACUGCACCGCUAGACAGACAUACGGGGAUCAAACAGAGGUUGGUAUGUUGAUGUCAACCGAAACUCUAUCUGUGAGCUCGCAGUACGUGAAGGAGUUUGUUUUUGGAUGCGCAUAUUCUGUCGAGGAACCCUUUGUCCAGACCACGCUCGGUUUAGUUGGUUUUGGGAGAGGUUCUCUUAGCUUUGUUUCAGAGACGGCUGCUUUAUAUGACAGAACGUUCUCUUAUUGCCUUCCUAGCGUUGGGUCCUCUGCAUUCACUGGGUCUCUCAGAUUGGGGAAAGCCGCUCUUUCUGUUCCGGGCUUGAAGUUCACUCCCCUCUUGUCAAAUGACCAAUUUCCUUCUUACUAUUUUCUAGGGCUCACUGGAAUCUCUGUGGGAAAAGAGCUUGUUUCUAUUCCUACUGGAAUGGGGAAAGGGACCUUCAUUGACUCGGGUACUGUUAUUAGUCGGCUCGUGAAGCCCGCUUACAAUGCCAUGCGAGAUUCUUUCCGCCGUCAAAUGUCUAAUCUCACUCUGGCUCCGCCCUCAGAGCCUCUCGAUACGUGCUAUAAGGUUCCUAAAAAAGCUGUGAAGUUUCCUGUGAUUACAUUGCAUUUUGGCCAUAGUUUGUACUGGACUCUGCCUAUGGGGAACACUUUGUUCCCUGGAAAUGCUAGGGGUUCGGUCUUGUGCUUGGCUUUUGCUCUUCCUUUCGAUGACUUUUCCGUAAUUGGGAAUUACCAGCAGCAGAACUUCCGCGUAGUGUAUGAUGUGCCAGGCUCAAGGCUUGGUAUUACUCCAGAAAUUUGUGAUGCUUAG